CGCAAAUGGAAGUUGAAACAUGGCAGCGCCCAUCGAAGCUAGAGAGCAGUCAUCGUCUGACGAUUAUUACGCUAUUCUAAACGUCAGGAGAGAGGCUGACCAGGAUGAACUGAAGGCUGCCUAUAGACGCAUGUGUAUGCUGUAUCACCCUGAUAAACAUAGUUUGGAUGCAGACAAGGAAACGGCAGAGGCCAUCUUUAACAACGUUCAAGAAGCGUAUACAGUUCUUAAUGACCCAACAAAGAGGGCCAUCUAUGAUGUAUAUGGCAAGAAGGGACUUGAAGCAGACUGGGACCUGGUCCCAAGAACCAGGAGUCCUCGGGAGAUCAGAGAAGAGUUUGAGAGGCUUGAAAAACUGCGGGAAGAAAGGCGGCUUCAACAAAGCACAAAUCCAAGGGGAGUUAUCCUGGUAGGAAUCGAUGCUACUGAUGUCUUUGAUCAUUAUGAAGGAUACGAUGAAGAGCAUAGCGGUGUACCUUCGAUAGAGAUCAAGAGUAUGUCUAUAUCACAGUCCCUGGACGCUCCUUUGAAUACCUCCGACACCGCAAGCUUCUCUGGUAACCUCGUCACUCAGAACGGCAAUGGUCAGGGCAGUAUCACUGGCUCUAUCAGGAGAGUGACAUCCCCACAGUCGUGGGGAGAGUUACAAGUAUCUGGUGGGUCAGGUCCAUCAUUUGCAUUGAAAUACUUCAGGCAUAUAACAAAGAGAAGCUUUGCAACUUGCUCAGGUUUAUUCCAAGUAACACGCACAGGAGCUGUGGCGCCUGGACUUGUGUUAGUUGGUGCUAGGCAGUUAGAUCGAAAUACCAUGGGCUACCUUACGUGGAAGGCCGGUCUACAAUCUUCCAUGAAUUCAAUGGUAGUAAGAGAUACCAAAGAAAGCAACAUCUCCUGCCAACUUCAGCUUGGAAUUCCUAAUACAUUUGCCAGUCUUUCCUAUACCAAGAAGUUUGUUGAAAGUGAAGGCAGAAUGACAGCUUCUAUCAAAGCUGGAGCAUUUGGUGUUCUGCUAGAGUACGGUGGCGAGAGGAAAGUUUCAAAGAAUAAUCGUCUUGGAGCUAAGAUGAGCGUAGGUUAUCCCACCGGUGUCUUUCUUAGACUACGAGCAAGCAGAGCGAAUCAGACAAUUGUAUUCCCGAUCCACCUCUCUCAAGAAAUAAGCCCCCAAGCAAUUUUCUACGGCACUGUAGCACCUUUAGCUGUCUACUGGAUCAUCAAGGUUCUUGUGGUUAAUCCAUAUCUACAGAAACAGAAAGAGAAUGAUGUUGAGGAGGAGAGAGCUAGGAAUAAAGAUGUAAUUGAAACAAAGAAAAGAGAAGCUGAAGCCUCUGUGAGACUGAUGGCAGAGAUGGUAAGGCGGAUCAUAGAGUUUGAAACAAGUCGUCAAGGUCUCAUCAUCGUCCAAGCUUGGUACGGGAAGCUGAUCACGACCAACAGCUCUGGUGAUGAUCAGCAGAUGAAUGGUUUAGUGAUUGAUGUCAAGAUACCUCUGCAGUGCCAGGUUAAGGAUUCAAAACUCAUCUUGACAGAUGUAUCCAAGUCGAGUCUUCCCGGUUUCUAUGACCCAUGUCCGGGCGAGGAUAAACAGCUGAAAGUCCGUUAUGAAUUCCGUCAAACCCUCCAUGAAUGUACCAUUGAUGAUCCAGAACAACUUAGGAUACCAAGGCAAUCACACAAGAUGGACCCAAGUUGAGGAAGGCUGAUUUCUCUACCCAGUAAAUACCAUGUAGAAAGAGGCAUUUUUACCUUUCAACAAGCCUUGCUCUGGGUUUUUAUACCAUCCCCUAUUUCAUUCAAUGUGUUCAACCUGUUUGCAAUGUGUCCCCAAACCAGAAUUUGAUUCCUUGAGAAAUGCUCAAUUUUUAAAGAAAAUACCAUUUUAGAGGAAGAAA